CACGAGGGAUCACAAGUAAUUCCAUUGGCUGAAAAUAGAAUUAUUUUCAACUGAUGCAGAAUCUGCAUUGCACAUUAAUUUUUCGUCGCUCAGGGCGCGAUUAGUAGUGUUUCGUUGGAGAGGAGCGGUGAGAAGACGUAGAUCCCAGUGGGCAGAAGACGUGCGCACUUCCCGACCUCAGUAUCCACCGGUAAGUGCAGACGCACAUGCCGGCCCCCGAUGCUUUUGCUAAUUCAAUCGUUGUCUUUGCGAGAGCUACAUGCACGUAGGACACAAUAUUGGAAUAUGUACAUGAAACCUGAGGCAGUGCGUCCGCAGAUCCUGCUGACGCCUAUUCUAUACGUCAUGAAGAGAAGCUACAGGUUUUCGAUCACUACUUGGUGUCAUGAAGAGAAGCUACAGGUUUUCGACCACUACUUAGUGUUCUUCCAGCUUACGUUGGAGGUCAAGUCAAGCGUAGAACUUUGGGGAAUUGAACUUCGCUGAGAGCCUGAAGCAAUCCGCUUGCUACUCUAAAAGCUGGACUAAAUAGAACAUUCCGCUCACGCCCACAGCUCAAUGUUUGACAAUCUUCUAACUUACCAUCCAACUAUUCUUCAAUGCGCAGAAAACACGUUGUUAACCACCACAACGACAACUCCGCAUGCAUAGUUACAAAAUAAACAUUCGCCUCGUCAAUAUUUUAAUCUAAA